AUGCCAUGUGUUUCUGCUCAUGAAAACUUUGUGAUAGGAGAGACAGCGGGUCUUAGUCAACUCUUUUCUGAUACUCUCAUUAUUAAAAUUGGAGAGUUAGUAAAAAAGGGUGUCAACACUGUUCCAGAAAUGAGAAGACAUCUUGAUUAUUUUGUUGAAGCUGAAUUUGGUUUAAGUAACAUUCCUCAUAAAGAAAACAAGCGUUACUUUCCACGGGAUAAAACAAUUCGGAAUCAUAUGAUGAAUGCAAGGAGAAAACUUCGUAGCUCUUUAAUAGAUCAAGAAUGUUUGCUUGAUAAAGUUAAUGAAUGGAGAAUCAUUGGCCAAGAACCUAUGAUAAAGUUUCGACCAAAAGGUGUCAGCCUUCUUGAAGACAAUGAUCCACAGCUUAAGAAUUCAUUGUUAUUUGUAUACCAAGAUAAGUGGCAAAAGAGACUGCUUUUGCGAUAUGGAACUGAGUUACUUUUUCUUGAUGCAACAUAUCGCACGACUAGGUAUGCUCUUCCUCUAUUUUUUCUAGUUGUUAAAACAAACACGGAUUACCAAGUUGUGGCAAUUUUUGUGUGUGAAAACGAAACAACUGAAACUAUCACUGAGGCAUUGACGUGCGUUAAACAGUGGAAUUCUUCAUUUCAGCCUAAAUUUGUUUUAACUGAUUAUUCAAACGAAGAAAUAAACUCAAUAGAAUAUGUGUUUUCAGGAUGUAGUGUCCUAAUUUGUGAUUUUCAUCGAGAGCAAGCUUGGGAAAGAUGGCUUUCUAAAACCAAUAAUGGCUGUUGCACUGUGAAAGAUGCAGUUAAGUUACAACUUCGCCAAAUUGCCAAUGCAAAAAUAGAAGAGAUUUGCAAAGAUGCUGUGAAUGCUUUCAAAGAGACAGAAGAGUGGAAAAAUCACCCAAAACUAAGAGAAUAUUUAAAUAAUACUUGGUUAUGCAACCAAAAGAGAUGGGUGUCUGCAUUCCGGCAACAUCGCCAUUUGCAAAAUGUCAACACAAACAAUGGCACUGAAAGGCAAAAUCAAUCAUUUAAAUAUAGUUUCUUGGAAAGAAGAAAAAGCUCAUCUCUCACAGCUAUGUUAAGUAUUUGCAUUGAUGAAUUCCUACCUCACAAUUAUGACAACUAUGUGGAUGAAAAUAGAAGAGCACACUCAUCUUAUAGAAAAUAUAGUAAUAACAUUCCUGUGUAUUUAGUAAAUCGCCCACGGCCUUUAGUAAAACACUGCAUGAAAAUGAUUGAUAAACUGCAAGGUAUAUCAUUGGAUGGAAUAAAUGCUGUCACCAACAGGUUAUACAAUGUUGCAUCAUUUCAGUCAACAAGUAGAGCGGUUUACCAAUGUUAUCUUGGUGAUGCCAAGCACUUGCCUACCUGUUCAUGUCCCUCUUGGUUUGAUAGUAUAUAUUCAUGCAAACAUUUUUUUGCAGUUUUCUGUAAUGAAAAUCUCUCGUGGUCUGACUUUGAUCCCUCUUAUGACAAUUCUCCAUAUUUCAUAUUAGAUCCAUUGUUGGAUGAAAAUAAUUAUUCAAUUUCAUAUCAUGUUCAAGAAUCAGCUGAACUAAAAAAUUUAAAAAAUACUCCUGCCAGUGUGAUAUUGUUGCCUAGCAACAUUGCAUCUGCACCAUAUGAACAUUGUCAUUCAACUGCAUGUAGUCAUUGUAUGGAUGUAAAUAAUAACCCCACUCAGAAUGCAGAACAUGAUAAAAUACAAUCAAGUCAUCACUCACCUGCUGCAUGUCGUGAACUCUUAACUGAAAUAAUAAAACUGACGCAUUUAGGUCAAUCUCAAUUAGCAACAGAUAAUUUAUUUGAUGGUCUCUAUAAGCUUAAGAUUGCAUAUGCUGAAUCUAUUACAAAAGAACAAGGCAUUAUCCUGCGUCCUGACCCUAAACCAAAUACUUGGAAAAGUCUGCUUUAAAAUUUCCUAAUCUUGUCACUAUUCCAGUUCGACGCAAGAGGAAAAUGACUAAAAGAGUAGGUGUAAAAUAUGAUACUAUGAAAGCUGCUUCAAAUAUAAGUGUUAAAUCAGAAGUUAAAAAUAACUUUUGCGAAUCAGAGAUUGUUUCAAAUCAAGUGAUAGACGAUAGUUGUGAAAUGUUUGUAGUUCCCGCUGAGUCAUUAAAAAUUCAACAAGUAACAUAUACUGAUUGUCACGAGCUGCAUGAAGUUCCCACUGAUAAUGAUUGUGUGCAACUGCAAACCACUGUUCAUUCUAUUAAAGAAUUUAAAUCCUCUCUUAUCGGAUAUUCUGAAAGGAAUGAGAUAGAAAAUGGUCUAAUGCUGAAUGACAAUAUCAUUAAUUAUUUCCAACAGAUGAUGUCAGUUCAGUUAAAUAUUGAUGUUGGUUUGCAAGAUCCCAUUAAAGGAAAAGUUCUAUCGUUCAAUGUCCAUCAAAAUGUUCCAUUUGUACAAAUUCUCCAUGAUGGCAAUCUACACUGGCUUUGUGUUACCACAUACGAUUGCAAGCCAGGGGAAAUUUACAUUUUUGACAGCCUUUUCCAUGGAUCAUUAAGUAUUGAGACAAAGAGGCAAAUAUGCUCGAUUUUACAAUGUCUAAAAAAAAACCUCAUUAUAAAAGUUUUACCAAUUCAGCAGCAAACCAAUAGUGUAGAUUGUGGUUUGUAUUCUAUUGCUUGGGCACGCUAGAUACUAGAAAGAAAGUGUGUACCACCAGUUAGACUGAAGUUUGAGCAAAGUGCAAUAAGGCUUCAUUUACUUAAGUCUUUGCUAAACAACAAAUUAGACAUCUUACUUUACAUUGUUCAUGUCGCAUGUUUUGGGCCCUGCAAGAUGAACACAUUUAUAACAGGCAAAUGGCAGAAUGUAGUACUUGUAGAAAUUGGUUUCAUCGUGGAUGUGAAAAAAUUCCACAAAGCGCUUACGAAAAUGAAGAUGCGAUCUGGACCUGUGAUAAUUGCCAAUUGCAAACAUCAACAAAAUUAGAUAACAUUAUGUAAAGGAAGAUUGUGAUACUCUUGCUGUUGUUUAACUAAAAGCAAUGUUAUUGGAAGUGCAUAUAGCUCGGUAAUGUUACCAGCAAUCCAAUGUUACUGGAAAUGCAUAUAGCUUGGUAAUGAUACCAGCAACCUAAUUAAUGUAAUUGGAAAUGCAUAUAGCUUGGUAAUGAUACCAGCAAUCCAGUUAAUGUUAUUGGAAGUGCAUAUAGCUCGGUAAUGAUACCAGCAAUCCAAUGUUACUGGAAAUGCAUAUAGCUUGGUAAUGAUACCAGCAACCUAAUUGUUGUAAUU